AUUGUGGUCGUAAAGUCGAAUGGUCGUAAGUCGCAUAGGUUGUAAGUCGGCGACUACCUGUAUAACCGUGAGGCAGUGCAGAUAAUAUUUUCCAAAUAAGUCCAAAGUGCAGUGUCUCCCAGCCCCUGCAGCUCGCCGCAUUUCACUACGAGCCACCAGGAGGAGGUGAAGAAGGAGGACGUAAAAAGAAGCAAUUUUGCAACGCGCUGAAUUUCGUGCAAAUUGUAGCCAUGGAGAUCACGUUCACUGGCAAGCGCGCGCUCGUGACUGGAGCCGGAAAAGGCAUCGGACGGGCCACAGCUUUGGCUUUAGCGCGCGCUGGAGCGGAAGUUAUAGCUGUCACGCGCACACAGACCGACCUGGACACGCUCGUGCACGAGUGUCCUGCUAUUAAACCCGUGUGUGUGGAUUUGGCUGAUUGGGCUGCUACAGAACGUGCACUAAAGGAUGUAGGUCCUGUUGACCUGCUAGUGAACAAUGCAGGCUGUGCCGUGCUUCAGUCAUUCCUCGAGGUCACGCAGGACAGCUUUGAUAUGUCUUUCAACGUCAAUGUGAAAGCAGCCCUGCAUGUUGCACAAAUUGUGGCCAAAGGAAUGAAAGCCAGAGGAAGUGGUGGCUCCAUCGUGAACGUCUCCAGCCAAGCUUCACAUCGGGCCUUUAAAGACCAUGCUGUGUACAGUGCUACCAAGGGAGCUCUCGACAUGCUGACCAAAGUGAUGGCUCUGGAGCUGGCACCCUACCAGAUCAGAGUGAAUUCUGUAAACCCAACUGUGGUGAUGACGGACAUGGCAAAAAUAGGAUGGAGUGACCCAGUGAAGGCCAACGCCAUGAUAUCACGUAUUCCAAUGGGCAAAUUUGCUGAAGUGGAGGAUGUGGUACAUGCCAUACUGUUCCUGCUAUGUGACAAGAGCGCUAUGACUAAUGGAGCGUUCCUGCCGAUAGAUGGAGGCUUCCUGGUCAGCUAGGUUUAAAUCCUCUAUUAGAAUCUCUAGGAGGAUUGAAAAUAUAAUGUGCUUUUAUGCCAACAGCUUGUUUUCUUGACAUGUAUACUAAAAUACUCAUAUAAUUGGUAUUUUUACCUGCUGCAAGUCCUUGUGGCCUGUGAUAUGCCAUGUCAUCAUGUCUUACCGGGAAAACUGCUUUGUAAAGAGUUGAGAUUUUUCUGUGAUUAAAGGAGACAAAAUGAAAA